AUGACUAAUUCACAGGUGUGGUUCCGUGGGGUGAGGAGUUCGAAGUUCCGACAUGUGUACGGAGUUUCUUUUAAGCGGGAGAGAUGUUACGACAACAUAAAAAUUACCAGGAACGCGCACGACUCCAACUUCUGCGCUGUGAAUCCCAAGUUUGUGGCUAUAGUCACAGAGGUCGCUGGCGGCGGGGCAUUCCUCGUUCUUCCUUUGGAUCACACGGGGCGACUUGAUUUCAACGCGAGUCGUGUAACGGGCCAUAAAGGUCCGGUGCUUGACAUCAAGUGGAAUCCGUUCAACGACAACAUCAUCGCUUCGUGCUCCGACGACUGCACGGUGAAGUUAUGGCACAUUCCGGACGGUGGACUAUCCAUGCAUUUGACGGACUGGUUGGUGGAGCUGCACGGCCACAAGCGACGCGUCGCCUAUAUCGAGUGGCAUCCAACGGCUGAAAACAUACUGCUUAGCGCCGGCUUUGACUAUUUGAUAAUAGUGUGGGAUGUGGGCAAAGGGGAAGCGGUGAAGGUGAUCGAUUGCCACAGCGACGUAAUCUACUGCAUGUCGUUCAACCGCGACGGCUCGCUGCUGGCCACCACCUGCAAGGACAAGAAGCUGCGAGUGAUCGAGCCCAGGCGGGGCAUUGUAUUGUCUGAAGGUCAGUGCCAUCAAGGUACGAAAGCGUCGAAAUGCACAUUCCUGGGCGGGCAGGGAAAAGUGCUGACCACAGGCUUCUCCCGGUACAGCGACAGGCAGUAUGCAGUGUGGGACCAACAUGAUUUGUCCAAGCCACUGGUUUGUGAAACCAUCGACAGCUCCUCUGGCGUCGUCUUUCCUUACUAUGACUAUGAUACAAACAUGGUAUACCUUGCUGGCAAGGGUGACGGUAACAUCCGAUACUAUGAAGUGGUCGAGGAGGCGCCUUACGUUCAUUUCCUAAAUCAGUAUCUGUCGGGAAACCCACAGCGAGGUCUGGGUUACAUGCCAAAACGUGGCGUGAACACGUCCAUCUGCGAAGUGUUCCGCUUCUAUAAGCUGCACACAUCGCGAGGCCUUUGCGAGCCGAUCUCCAUGAUAGUGCCGAGGAAAUCUGACUGUUUUCAGUUCGGAAAUGGUGUUUUGUGUUUUGUGAACACGUCCAUCUGCGAAGUGUUCCGCUUCUAUAAGCUGCACACAUCGCGAGGCCUUUGCGAGCCGAUCUCCAUGAUAGUGCCGAGGAAAUCUGACUGUUUUCAGGAGGAUUUAUAUCCCGAUACGGCAGCUCCUCUGCCUGCUCUCACCGCUAAAGAUUGGCUGAGUGGAAUGAACGCAUCCCCUAUUCUCAUAAGCAUGAAAACUGGUGUAACAAUCUCUACGCACAAGCCACGCACGAACAAUAAAGAUACUCCAGCGCUGCAACCUCAAGACGCGAAUAACAGGAAGAAAUUUGCUUUCCUGUCCCGGGAGACGACCCCGGACUACCGCCCGCUAGGAACAUGGCAACCGACAAAUGACAACCAUGUCAACGACAACGAUGUACAGGCUAUAAACGAAAAAUCACAGAAGACGAACGCGAACCAGAACACGAAAUUCCACCAGCUUCAGCGCAUGUUCGGCAAGCAGUGCGGCGACGCCGAGCCGGUGCCGUUAUACAAGCAGAUCAACCAGGGCGACGUCUUCAGCACCGAACACGAGCUGCGUCUCGCUUUCAACCGUCAAGGCGAGGAAUUGAGAAUCGUUAAACGGCAGUUACAAAACAGCCAACAACGAGUUAGAGAGCUUGAGCAACACGUAGCAGCUCUACAGGCCAAACUGCAGAAUCAGUGA